AUGAAACUCUCGAAUAUUCUGACUUGUGGAGCCGUGCUGUUGAGCACGGCAACUGCCUUUACUGUCGUUCCACAAACCACACAAUCCUUGACGCGGCAAUACAUGUUUGGUGGAGGCGGUGCCGGUGCUGUCACGGAAGAUGAUCCCGAAGCCCAAAAGAAAAUGGAAGAAGCCGCGGCUGCCAUGGGCAUGUCCGCUCAAGAAUACCAACUCGGUAUCAAGGCUCGCAUGAAGUUGAACGAAGAUCUUGCUGCCAUGAGAAUCGCACAAGGCGACCCAGAUACCAUUGAGGUCGUACGAGAUGGAAACAACCCACCUCAAUUCCUAGAAAUCAACAUUACCGAAAAGGGAAAGGCAUUAGGACAAGACGCCGUUUCAUCGGAAAUCGUCGCGGCUCUUAAAAAGGGAGCCGAGGGCGCACGAGCAGGACGAGCAGAAGCCCAAAAAACUAUGAUGCAAUUCAUCGGGGAUGAAAUGAAGAACAUUGGAGGAUAA